AGAACAAAGGAAGCUUUUGGAUCGAGGUGAAAAUGGAAGGGCUUCCUUCAAGCUCUUCUUUUGGCCAUGAAGAUAGGCUGGAUAGCGAUCUUGAGCAGCUGUAUCAUGCAUUUGGUUCUAUUGUUUCAAUAGAAGAUAUAGCUGCAGCCUAUUGUGAAGCAGGUCGUAAUCUUUCUAUAGCUGGUGACAUCCUCUGCAACCUGCAGGAUACCAAUUCUACUGCCUUAGGAUUUGAGUCACAGAACAAUUUUGACCAUUUGGAAACGUCAUCUGCUUCACAGGAAAAUUGGUCACAUGAAGACCAAAUCAGUAUAUUCAAGCCAAAAAAGUGUGCAGCGUCAAUGGGAAUUGUUCCCAAUGUUGUUCGAAGAGAAUAUGAGGGGUCCCAGCUACAAAACAGUGAAAGCUGUAAGAAGACCAAGCCAUUAAAGCUGAAUUCAGAAGAUUUUCCCAUUUCUGAGAUAUGGAAAGACGAUUCUUGUGUGCAGAAUACAGCAAAAACUGAGACCCUUAACACCGAUGUCGAGGAAUUUCUUUUUAAAAUGCUUGGAGACGGAUUCUCUCUCAAUAUGAGUACAAUACAAAAUGUUGUUGGCCAAUGUGGAUAUGAUGUGAAUAAGAGUAUGGAUACACUUAUGGAACUGUCAGCCGCAACUUUGGGGAAGUGUGAUGACAUUGUCAGCAUGAGUUCUGAAAAACUUCCAGAUGUCAAAGCAAAAUCGGUCCAAGAUUCUGCAGGAAGCUCCAACAGAAAUAGUACAUCUGGAAAUGGCCGUCAGUCAUCAAAGAAGGGGAAAAAUAAUUAUGAACUUCAAAAAGAAAUUUUAGGAUCUCUUUUUGUUCUCCCUGGAAGAUACGAUGCUGAAAUAAUUCAGCCUCCAAAAGUUGUUAGGAGAAAGAAAAAUGUUGUGGAUAGGCCACUACAACUACCGCGAAUAGAGCAUCGCACCGUCUUAAAACGGCCUUCUGAAAUGAAUGAUGAAGAGGACGAUGAAACAUAUGAAGUUUUGAGAAAAGCAGUAAAGGAAUAUUGGACCAUAAUGAAAGAGUACUACAAGGCUGCUUUUGAGGCAUAUGUUAAAAAAGAGCACACCAAAGCGUACAAUCUUCUAGAUGAGGGGAAUUUUUUCCGCAAGAAGGCUUUAGAAGCAGAUGAAAAGUCUGCAUGCAAGCUUAUUCAACCCAGAUACAACAAGGAAGAAAUGAUCUUAGAUGUCCGUCAUUUUGAGCCAAAAGAAGCAGUUCACUUUCUUAAACUUCAGCUGCAUAGUUAUUGUGGUAUCCCAUCUUUGCAGCAUAUAAAAGUGAUUGUUGGGGUCAAUGAAGAUGAUCCCAAGGGACUUCGGAAGCGUUUGAUUGUGAAGAUUUUGGAGAAAGAAUCGAUAGCCUGGAGUGAGCAAGAGAAUGGGAGGACUUUGGUGAUAAAGGUGGAUGAAAUUAACCCAAAGAACCUCAGUUUCUUCAAAAAGUCUACUAGCAGUGUCUGAUACAUGACACAACCUAUUUCUCUUGCAAACUGGUAUUUAUGUACAAUUUUUGCCUUUCUGGCUGUCCUAAUGAAAGACUUGAACCCGAAAGAUGGGUGAAAAUACUGUGAAUUUGGAUGUCAACAAGAGACCAUUUGUACAGCUGAUGUUUGAAUGCCACAGGCGUAGUUAGGCCUCAAAAUUCACAAAUAUAUGACUUGAAUUGACAAGGUUCCAAGGCUUGGGCAUCUGUACAGUGUCAGUUUUGGUGGCUAUUUGUCUAUUUUUGCUGAUGCAUGCGUAGU